AUGAUGCCCACUGUCGCAGUACUUUUCCAAGCAAUUAACCCCCCUAUCAUAAAUGGAGUCCGCAAGCCGCGCAAACCAGGUGCCUACCAAGACUCAGGCGCAGACAUCGCCUACACUCUCCACUCCAAAGGAAUAAACAUCCUCACGCCAACCCCAACCCCAUCCCCAAAGAAGCACGAAGGCGCGACACACCUAUGGGCAAACACAACUGUCUUCUCAUCGCAUCCUCUCCAAACAUCAUCUGCCCUAGACCGCCACGCCUCCAAAAUCCAAGUAAUAGGCCAACCACCAGGUCUAGUCGAGAAAUUCGACGACAAGCUCUAUCUCAACGACAAACUUCGCUCUUUGGGCGAUACAUUCACCUUACCAAAAUCAUGGGCAGUAAAAGCCACCCAUAACGCCCACGAUCUGCACACAUUCAUCCAGAAGAACAUCCCAGCCUACCCCAUCGUCGGGAAACCAGUUCGCGGCCGCGGAAGCCACGGCGUGAAAGUCUGCCACGACCCAGCCGAACUGACCGAGCAUAUCCAGUCGCUCUUUGACGAAUCGCCCGUCGUCUUACUAGAGGAGUUUCUCGCUGGCGAGGAGGCUACCAUUACGGUUAUGCCUCCCUCCCCCGCAAACCCGCAGUAUUGGAGUAUGGCGCCAGUCAUGAGAUGCAACCACGAUAAUGGCAUCGCGCCGUAUAACGGGACAGUUGCUGUCACGGCCAAUUCGCGCGUCAUCUCGGCAGAGGAGUUGGCGCUUGAUUCGGCUUAUGGGGUUGUUAUGAGGCAGUGUGAGCGUGUGGCUGCGUUGAUUAGGGCUACUGCGCCGAUUCGAAUUGAUAUCCGGCGGUUUGGGGCGGGGGCUGGGGCGUUUGCUAUUUUCGAUGUGAAUAUGAAACCGAAUAUGACGGGUCCGGGUCGUCCGGGUCGUGAGGAUCAGGCUAGUUUGACUGCUAUGGCUGCUACGGCUUCUGGGUGGGAUUAUGCGAGGUUGUUGCGAGAGAUGAUGGAUGGGGCUUCUUCUUUGGAGGUGUUUCGUCAGUAUCAGAGUCCUUUUUAG